ACUGCUCCCUCUGUGGGUGUUGGGAUGUUGCUUAGGCUGCUGCUCAAAGCAGAAAGCGAGCUACCAACGAUCUCAUCAUGGGCCCACUCCUCAGCUAGAGGCCUAGCGCUGAGUUCCCUGGAGCUCGCACAUAUUUGUAACUCCUCACCCCUCUGGUCUGUUCCUGAUUUGCCCCCUCUGUGACACAUUGGAGCAGACAGUUCUCUGGAUCCCCCUUUCCCUCCCCUCUAAGACUCUGAUCCCCCUUUGUGCACUACGUGCUGCUGAGAACCACUCCAUUGCUUGAAUGUAAGUCUGGAGUAACCGCACUGGAGCCAGCAGAAUUUGCUCCUGAUGUAUGCUUGUGCAACUGAGCCUAGAAUCUGGGUUUACCUCAAUGACACUUACUGAGAUGACUCUGGAUUUGCACAAGGAGAAAAUGCUGCAAGGAGCCAUUGGGAGCUUUCUCCUGGUUGUUCUGACUGUUCCAAGGAGCUUUCCAGCGGAGAACCUGAGGUGCGCCUGUGAUGCACAGAUGCAGCCCUGUCACAAUGCCACCUGCCUGGGGAAGGUGUGUUUUGUGAGCAAAACCCUGGAGAACGGGAAGGCCAUCCAGGCCAAGGGCUGCCUGAGUAACCAUAUCCUGGAGCACUGCCAGAUUCCGGCCAUGGAAGAAUAUGCCAUGAACUGCUGCAGCUCCAACAUGUGUAAUGAGAACAUCAGUGUCCUCCUGAAGGGCCAGGAGCAGCCCGAAGAACCUGCCUCUCUGAAGAACCUUCUCCUGAUGAUCCUCGUGCCCCUGCUGGCCCUCCUCGUGCUCGUCAUGCUCAUCACACUCUCCUUCUGGAAGCUGGCUCAGCACCGCAGGAAGCGGCUUCUCAUCAGACAUGAUGACUUGGGGGACACAGACUUCAUGCUGAAAGCCUCCAUGGUUGGAGACAGCACCUUAGAGGACCUGCUGAACGAGGACUGCACAACGGGCAGUGGCUCCGGGCUGCCCUUUCUUGUUCAAAGAACUGUGGCUCGGCAGAUCGCUCUGGUGGAAUGCGUAGGGAAAGGACGCUAUGGGGAGGUCUGGCGCGGCGUGUGGAACGGGGAGAACGUGGCCGUGAAGAUCUUCUCCUCCCGGGACGAGCAGUCGUGGUUCCGCGAGACGGAGAUCUACAACACGGUGCUGCUCAGGCAUGACAAUAUCCUGGGCUUCAUCGCCUCUGACAUGACAUCAAGGAACUCUAGCACCCAGCUCUGGCUCAUCACUCACUACCAUGAGAACGGCUCGCUCUACGACUACCUGCAGAGGACGGUGCUGGACACCCAGGCCUGCCUGAGGCUGGCCUGCUCCAUCAUCUGCGGCCUGGUCCACCUGCACGUGGAGAUCUUCGGGACCCAAGGGAAACCAGCCAUCGCUCACCGGGACCUGAAGAGCAGGAACAUCCUGGUGAAGAACAACAUGCAGUGCUGCAUCGCAGACCUGGGACUGGCGGUCAUGCAUUCCCAGGGCAGCGACUACCUGGACAUUGGGAACAACCCUCGGGUGGGCACCAAACGCUACAUGGCCCCCGAGGUCCUGGACGAACACAUCCGUACCGACUGCUUCGAAUCCUAUAAGCAGACAGAUAUCUGGGCAUAUGGUCUGGUGCUCUGGGAAAUCACCAGGAAGACGGUUGUUAAUGGGAUAGUGGAGGACUACAGGCCUCCUUUCUUUGACAUGGUGCCAAGCGACCCCAGCUUCGAGGAUAUGAAGAAGGUGGUUUGCACUGACCAGCAGACGCCCAGUGUCCCUAACCGGCUGUACUCUGACUCGAUUUUGUCCGCCCUGGCUAAGAUCAUGAAGGAAUGCUGGUACCAGAGCCCCUCUGCUAGGCUCACAGCCCUGAGGAUUAAAAAGACACUAAAGAAGCUGAGCAGCUCCCUAGAAAAACCCAAACAAGAUGAUUAACUGUGGGGAGCAGGCCUGAGAGUG